GAGGAUUAUGGAAAUGUUCCAAGAAAUUCAUUUAUAAACACCAAUAGUAUAUGUUGCUUAAAUUUCUUGUAAAGAGAGGAAAGCUUGGUAAAUUUCCUACAAACUUUAGGUGUAUAAGGUACAUAUCAUUAAGCAUGGCGGCUUCAAACGACGAAAGUAAUAAAGAAAACGUAGCGGAUGGAGAGACAGAACAAAUCGUGACCAUGGAGAAGGUCGUUGCAGCGGAUAACAAGGGAAUCGACUAUGACAAGCUGAUCAGGCAGUUUGGUUGCUCCAAAUUGGAAGACAAACACAAGGAAAGGAUAGAGAAACUAACUGGAAAAGCACCACAUCAUUUGUUAAGAAGGGGUGUCUUCUUCUCACACAGGGAUCUUGACUAUGUCCUGGAUAUGUAUGAAAAGGGAAAGCCUUUUUACUUAUAUACUGGAAGAGGUCCAUCCUCAGAAGCCAUGCACAUGGGACAUCUGAUUCCCUUUAUCUUCACAAAGUAUCUUCAAGAUGUCUUCAAUGUGCCACUAGUAAUUCAACUGACAGAUGAUGAAAAGUUUUUUCUCAAGGACUUAGAGUGCGAAGAAACACACAGACUGGCUUAUGAAAAUGCCAAAGAUAUCAUAGCUGUUGGCUUUGAUGUGAAGAAGACCUUUAUCUUCUCAGAUAUUGAUUAUAUAGGGAGCAGCUCUGAGUUUUACAAAAACAUCAUCAAAAUACAAAGGUGUGUAACUUACAACCAAGUUAAAGCAAUCUUUGGAUUUGAUGAGAGUUCUUGUAUAGGUAAAAUAGCUUUUCCUGCCAUACAAGCAGCCCCAUCAUUUAGCCACUCUUUUCCUCACACAUUUGGAAGCAGAAAAGAUAUCCCAUGUCUUAUUCCUUGUGCAAUUGACCAGGAUCCUUACUUCAGGAUGACUCGGGAUGUUGCUCCACGACUUGGUUGUCCAAAACCAUCUCUGAUAUUUUCCACAUUCUUUCCUGCUCUGCAAGGUGCAAAAACAAAAAUGAGCUCCAGUGAUCCAACCUCUUCCAUCUUUCUCACUGAUUCCCCAGCUCAGAUUAAAAAGAAGGUUAACAAGUAUGCAUUCUCUGGUGGUCGUGAUACUGUGGAAGAUCACAGGAAAUAUGGUGGAGAUAUAACAGUAGAUAUUGCUUAUCAGUAUCUCACAUUCUUCCUUGAGGAUGAUGAAAAACUUGCUCAAAUAAAAGAGGAUUAUUCUACUGGAAAGAUGUUGUCUGGAGAAAUCAAGAAGGAACUCAUCUCAGUUUUACAGCCCCUGGUGGCAGAACACCAAGAGAGAAAGAAACUAGUCACAGAUGAAGUUGUUAGAGAAUUUAUGACUCCAAGGAAGUUAGAAUUUACAGGGUUUAACUCCUGAGCACAGAUAAAACCAAGCAAUGAACAUUUUCCUAAAACUGCUUUGUGUAUGAUGUUACAAGUGUGGUAAAAAGAUUUUUAAAUGCAUGUGAACUUAGAUUUCCUUUGACACAAGAAGAAUGUUAACCAUAGAAAGCAGGCAGUAAAUAUAUCAGUGACAAUGAGUUAAGUCAGUUACCAGCACUUAAUUUAUUUCAGACUCCAACUGUUAAGGAAUGUAUGCAAGGUCAUGCCUUAAGUUCUUAGUGGUAAUACUACGAGGGGACUGGGGAUAUACAGUGUAAAGGAUAAAAUCAGUUGUACAUUGGUGAUUUCACCAUUGUCUUAGGUGAUAAACUCCCAACUGCCCCAGUCCUUUCUCCCACUGUGCUUUCCAAAUACCUGUUUCAGGCAGACAUCCCCAAAGGAGCAGCUUCAGCCAUUAGGAGCAAGGUUCGGUUGUGGAAUAACAUUAACUUUUCACUCAAUUUGUGGCCCAAGAAUAAAGCCUUUCGUCAAUGAAGCAGUAUAUACAUGUUAGAUGCUCUUUAAUAAUUUGAAAGUAAGAGGAACAGCAACAACACCUUUUAUUUUGGGGGGGGGGGACCCUCUUAAAGGUAAUGUAAAGUUUUGAUAUAUUUUUUUGCCUUCACGAAGAGAAUUACGGAAACAGAUUUCAUUUUGUUUCCUUCAGUAUCUUAUUGCACUAAGAUAAAACCUGCCAAGGCGCUUUUGUUCAAGAGAAUUCAAGGGCAGAUUUACGCACACCUCUUAAACCCAGAUUAGCGAAAAACUACUUUAUUUCGAGGAAAAAUAGUAGGGUUUAUUCUUUGGAAUUUUUCACAUAGUGUUCACUUUCCAACUCUGAAAAGUUAGGUGUCGAACUAUUUUCGAACUAAGACUGAAAAGAAUAAAUAGCUGGCUUUGUAGAAUUGAGAACGGAUUCUGUAUUGAAUUGUGAAGUAUGUGAACAUGAAGACUACUUUUAAAACUUGGAGACAGCCAGAAAGAUAAAUAUUUGUAAUAAAACAAGAAGUCUGGA